AUGGGUACACAAUCAUCGAAGAGAUCUUCGCGAGUACCGUUUGCAAAACGUGACUACAGUAAUUUUGCUGCUAUUACAGUUGUAUUUAAUCCGAUUCGAUAUAGAUCACGUUAUGAAUUAUAUCGUAAAUUUUCGAAACAUAUGUUACGUUCAGGUAUUAAUCUAUUUACUAUUGAAUGUAUAUUCGAAUCAGCUGAAAAAUUUGGUUUACCAAAACAAAGAUUUGAAAUAACACAUUUAAAUGACCCUCGCCAUUUACAAAUUAAAGUUCCAUCAGUUAUAUGGUUAAAGGAAAACUUAAUUAAUAUUGCUGUUAAACGUUUACCUCCAUCGAUUGAAUAUGUUGCGUGGCUAGAUGCUGAUAUAGAAUUUCAACGCUUUGAUUGGCCUCAAUUAACUAUGGACCAAUUGCAAUGUUAUCCAAUUGUACAAUUAUUUCAGUUAUCUUUCUUCUUAGGACCAUCAGGAAAGAAAGAAAUCUUACGUCAUGAUUAUUCAUUUGCGUAUGCAAUUAGAAAUGGAUUACCUACUAGUUCACGUCGCUCAUCUGAAAGUUAUUUUCAUCCUGGAUAUGCAUGGGCGAUGCGUCGUGAAACAUUCGAUAAGAUUGGUGGCCUUCUCGAUUUUUCUAUUCUUGGUUCAGGUGAUCUACAUUUUGCUUAUGCUUUGAUAAAUCGCAUUGAUGAAACAAUUCCAGCUGAAAUACAUAGCGAUUAUCGACGUUUAGCUAAUAUUUGGGGAGAACGUGUUGCUCGUGUAGCUUGCAAUGGUACUUGUGUUGGAUAUAUUUCAAACAGUAUAUACCAUCAUUGGCAUGGUAGCCGUCGUGAUCGACGAUAUGAUGAACGAUGGUCGCUUCUUGAACGAUUUCAAUUUUCUCCAUUGAACGAUCUAGAGAAGAAUAGUCACACAGAAUUACUUCGUCUCGCUGGUUAUGAUGAUCCCGAUCAAUCAAAAUCAGCUGAGCGUUUACAAUUACUUGAAACAAAUAUUGUAAAUUAUUUUCGAUUACGCGAUGAAGAUAAUAUGGAAAGUCCUAUUCCAACAUUGAAUACAAUAACACUUGCAAAUGCACCGACAUCACCAUCAACGGAAACUUUUCGUCCAAUUGAUGAUGCAUCGAUUCAUAAUGAAAUAUCAGCAAUCGAAGACAAUAAUUAUGCGUCCGAUGAUUUAUCAUUACGAAAUCAUUUAUCUGAAUAUCAAUCUAAUGAUAAUUUUAGUCGUGAAGCUGUUUUAUAA